AUGGCGGAUGAUAUGUCUCAGCAAUCUAGUUUCACCGGCAACCGGUUUCACUCCUCCAUAAAUCCCUUAUUGAGCGGAGACGAGGAGAGCUGGGAGAUAGCCCCGGCCUUAGAUUCCGGCUGGCCCCGCCGCAUAGCGGUCCUUGCCUCCACCGUAAUCCUCGCCGUCUUGAACUACAUCGGACUCACAAUCGUCGGUUACUUCGCCGUCGUUCUAGCCUUYCUAUCGCUCUUGCCCUUCGUCUUAAUGACCCUAAUCGCCAUCCCCAAAAUCCAGCCCCACCGGUGGCUCAGUUUGGGCGACAAUGGUGUCAAAAAGGAUUGGAAUCUUUACCUCAACACUCUGUUUUGGAACCUUAAUUUCUGGGAUAACGUCAGUACUCUCGCCGGAGAAGUCGAAAAGCCCCAAAAAACGUUCCCUAGGGCUCUGUUUGUGUCGGUGAUUUUCACUUGCCUGUCUUAUUUAAUCCCGCUUCUGGCGGUGACCGGCGCGGUUUCCGUAGAACAAUCCGCUUGGGGAUCGGGAUUCCACGCGCAGGCGGCSGAGAUAAUCGCCGGGAAAUGGCUGAAAAUCCUCCUGGAAAUCGGGGCCGUGCUGUCGGCGAUUGGGCUUUUCGAGGCCCAGUUGAGCAGCAGCGCGUACCAGAUUCUGGGAAUGGCGGAGAUUGGGAUUUUGCCCAAAUUCUUCGCGUCUAGGGCAAAGUGGUUCAACACGCCCUGGAUUGGGAUCGUGAUCUGUACGGCGAUCUCGGUUGCGAUUUCGUACUUGGACUUCACGGACAUCGUUGCGUCGGCGAAUUUGGUGUAUAGCAUGGGGAUGUUGCUGGAGUUUUCGGCGUUUAUUUGGCUGAGAUGGCGGUGGGCCGCCAUGGAAAGGCCGUUCAAGGUUCCGAUGAAGCUGCCGGGGCUGAUUGUGAUGUGUUUGGUUCCGUCGGCGUUUCUGGUGGCGCUGAUGGUUUUUACUCACAGGACUGUGUUCUUGAUAGGCGCCGGCAUGACGGCGGCGGGGAUUCUGUGGUUCGGUUUGAUGAGUAUUUGUAAGAAGAAGAAGAUUUUGGAGUUCAAUCCUCGCCCGGAAGCCAUUGAAGGAUCUUGAAAUUUUGAUUAUCAUGGAGUUAUAUGUAU